GACACCAGACGUCGACGAGAUCUCCCUCUUGCUUAAGAUAACAAGCAAGGGCGACAACAAACGGAGUUCACCUAUCUUUUCAUUAACUUUCGUCCAAGAUCCGUCCAAGUUCUCUGAAUCAUUUGAUCUGAUAUAUUGUUCACUCCCAGGCUCGACCUUACUUAAUGUAUGGAUUCAGGAGAAUCUAGCCAAACUCCCAAAUCUCAUGUUAGAAACCCAGAAGGAAAGAACCAACAUAAAGAUUGUCCUCCCAAGAAUGAUCCACGCAUAACGCAGUUCCUCUACGAGUACCAGCGGCGUGAGAUAUUUGACAAGCGAGAGAUAAGUCGGCUCCUGCUUUCUGAGCAUGGGAUAAAGAUGAGCGAAAGCUCCGUAGCCAGGCGCCGUAGAUCCCUUGGCAUAUAUGCGAGCGGCGUCACAACCCGUCAGCUCCCAGACAAUGUCAAGAGGCAGCUCGUCCUGAACCAGAUGGCCAAGGAUCCUACCAAGAAGCUCGGUCCAAGGAUGAUCAAGCAACUGAUCGCACGCGAAACCGGUAUCCACUUGACGAGGGAUUAUAUUAGGAACGAGAUGCUUGUGCAAGAUCCCCUAGGUUUUACUUCUCGCGAUACAUCGCUCAAAAGGACACAGCAGGAGUCUAUUCUUCAAUAGUUAUGCCGCUUUCCUUUUCCUGUCGUUUUCCACCGUAAAGUUCGGUCAGUUGGCCGAAUUUUGGAAGGCGAAGUUCUACUAUCUACACGUUCAGGGUUAGCGCGGUAAUGUGGUUCUAGUAUUGGCUAAUCCAUUGUAUUGUAUACCAUAUCAUUUUUUUGUCAUCCAGUUAUCUACCUUAUUCGGCAUACAGUUUGGUCCCGGCAGUGUGCGAACCAUACCGUGCCUUGAUUGUUUACACAAGGUCAUACUGUCAAAUGGUCUUGCAGGCGCUUGUACUC